AGUCAAAACAUUUUAAACUAUAAUCCUCCCAAAGACAAAGUAUUAUGAAACCGAAAAACUACAAGGCUACAGUCAUAUAAAAGAUACCAUAGCAUAUAUAUAUAUAUAUAUAUAUAUAUAUAUAUAUAUAUAUAUAUAUAUAUAUAUAUAUAUAUAUAUAAUAGCCAAGGUAUGAUAUAAAGUCCAAAGCCAAAUUCUCCAAAUGGUCAUAAAUAUAAAUAAGCGUACUACAUAAAGUAGAUUGAAGUCUGCAGGAGAAUUUUGGAAAACUCAUCAAAGUGCUAUUUGUGAAUAUCAGCUGAGAUGAGUUGCCAACUUUUGCGAAAUUUUGGGAAGGCAGAUAAUCGAGUAUGAAAUAUAUGUUUGUGUCAGAAUAUUGAAGAAGAGAGACAAGAAGGUAAUAUAUUAUUUGUAGAGAAUCUAACUGAUUAGAUUUUAAAAAAUGUAUCAGAAAGGUGAAAAAGAAGAGAGUGAAAGUGUCAGAGAAACGGAGAUAGAAAUGUAGACCAAGAGAAAGAGAGAAAGAGAUGAAUGAGAGAGAGAGACACCAAAAAAAAAAAAAAAAAAAAAAAAAAACAGACAUCCAAACUCAGACGCAAACAAUUUUUUUUUAAUCAGUAAAAAACGAAAUAGCCGAGAAGACGAAUAAACCGAAGUAAUAAAAGGCUCCAGGACAUGGAAGGCACUGUAAAACGUUUGUCAAUGAGACCCCGAACCGUGACUGUGGUGGUGCGAAACCUGCCUCCGGCCACGACUUCGGACCAACUGCGUUCGAUCUGCCACGACUUCGGCGAGGUCGUGGAGGUCGAAAUCCCGCAGAGAGCCGCGAAUUAUCAGCACUUCAUAUAUGGGUUCGUCCGAUACAGCAGCCUAGACGUAGCUCUGAACGCCGUGCUGAAACUGAACACCUUAGUGGUUCAAGGAAGACAGCUGAAUGCCGAGGUGGCGAGAAAACACUGGCGGAACACCAAUGAUAAAACAGUGCUUUACGACGCACCGCAAGAGGAUAGGCAGAAGGAAAGAGACGAGGAUGAACUGAAGGAAGAGGAAAUGAACACAAGGAUCCUGCAGAUGUGUCACCAGCAGUGGCAGCAACAUUGCAGGGAUAACAGAGGGAGAAAUCUCCCAAGCUUCCACAAGCUCAUGGACAUGCUGACUGAGGCGUUCAACCAAGACGGCGAUGAGACGGACACCGAAGCGGAAUCAUAUUCUCAGAAACAAAAUGCUGACGAGGAAAGUUUGAUGUACUGACGUCCUGCUCUCUAUUAGUGUGUAAAUUAUUGACAUUGUGUUCAUAUCUACGGUUUUAUAUGUUGGGAGUUUGGUCACAUGAACCGAAAUUUUGGAAUGCAUUAUAGAUAAUACUGAAUUGCUGAAUAGAGGUGGGCAUACCACAUUAUUAGUUUUAAACGCCUUUUCCUCCUCAAGAGAAAUCGAUUUUCAAAGAAAAAUAAGAGUAUAGAGUCUUGCAUGUGAGGGACCUUGCUGAACAUACCGAGCGUAAAAUUCCACUACAGUACAAUUAUGUAAUAGACAAAAGCAAUGUACGAGAAAGAUCCGAUUUAGACACGGAACUAUAAAGAACUUCGGUACGAUAUCUAUCGAUUUACCAAAAUGGUCAUAACGCGUUCAGAAUUAAUACAGUCUCUCACCAAUUCGUCACGACGUAGCUGUGAUUAUCCAAGAUAACUUUAAAGGUCGCCACAAUUCACGUACAACUCCUAUGCUAUUUCAUUAGCCACGCACGUGCGCCCUAGAACACAGCUAUUAACAUGGGCUGUAACAUGGCUUUCUCUUAGCUUCCAACGUGUUCAAGCAACGUUCAAACACUGCAGUCUGAAGGGUGAAAGACUCUUGCUUGAUGCUGUGGUUGUCUUGAGAUGAAAUUUUCCACGUGAGUUUGCCGCACUUAUGUCGUUUUGUCAUGGGAAACCACAGCGUACCGUGCCCAUUUCCCACAACACCCUGGUAUUAGAAUGUUCACUUCACACAAGGUCUAUACUUGUGUAGACCUUGUGUUGACGUACCAUCACAACACGUAGAGCCGUAGACGAGAACUGCCCAACUACGAUUGCCCGGGAAAAAAUCAUGGCAUACCACUGAUUAAUUGUCCGACCACACCAUGAUCUUGCCUGCGGCCGUUACUACACCGCUACACCUGUCGCAACACAUUGGUAAGGCAUUUUAAACACACACACACACACACACACACACACACACACACACACACACACACACACACACACACACACACACACAAGCAUGCAUAGUUUAGUUAAUUUGGAAUUUCACAUGUGAUAGUGAGCCAUGUAAAUCUUAUUUGUUUGUCUGAUGUAUCAAUUAGUGCGAAUUCAUUCAUACUUGUUUUGUUUAUUUUCCAAGUACCACAUCUUAAUAUAAAUUGUUAGAAAAACAAAAAUG